AUGAAACACGCUUCAGUUACUAACGCGUACGCAUCCAUUGCAGUUAUGAAGCUGACGCAGGUGCUGUCGCAAGCGCACGCGACAGCUGGUUACAAUCGCAACAAGUUCCUCGUUUUCGCGCUGCUGUGUACCAACUGCUUCACCCUCGUCACUCUCUAUGGCACCGUCCCCCGGUUUUCCGGGACUCUGGAUAUUGACGACGCCGCUGACGUGGAUCUGCGCAGCAGCAGCGGCGGGGAAGGGCGCGGAGGGGAAAGCGCAUGGGGGGAGGAAGGGGGUGGCGCGCUUGGGACGGGACAGGGGGGGACAUCUGCGCUGCGCCUCUCCAAUGCUACAGACCGCUCUUUCAAGCGAGGGUUCGGCAUGCAGGUGAGUGUGUUGAGGCCGGGGAUGGGGCCAGGAAAGGGGGGAAGGAGGGAAGGGGGACAGCUGGGCUGGGGGAGGUUGAAAAGCAGGGGCCAGGGAAAGACGCCUGCGCUGCGCCUCUCCAAUGCUACAGAUCGCACGCUCAAGCGAGGGUUUGGCAUGCAGGCGAGUAUCGCAUACCGCCUCUCUGCAAGUCUCUUUGUGGUGAUUGGCCUCUCUCCUCUGCCUCUGCACCGCAACCUCGAUGCUCGGGUGUGCCGCUGGUAUCCUGCCACGUCAUCCUCCUCCCCUAUCCUCGGCGAAGUCUCGAUAGAAUACCCCGGCGAAUCGCACAGCAAGCCGUAUGAGGUGGCAAUGCUGUUCUGCCAGCUCAGCAGCCCCACCCCCAGCACAAGAGAGCGGGGGCGGAAAGGGGACGGGCGGCAGAGUGCGGGGGGCCAUCUGACGGUUGUGAUCGAACGAGAGGAGAUCUUGGUGCUCGGCGAACCGGCCAAUGAGAAGUUGCCAUUGCCACUCGAGCCGUCAGCCCCCUACGCCAGCAACAUCACCUAUUGCUCCUCGCCAAUCUACGGCCAGUUCAACUCCCUCAGAGUGCUCGAGUGGGUGGUAUACCACCAGCAGGGCCACGGGGUGGACCUGUUCCACAUGUACAAUGCGGGCGGCAUGGGCGAGCCUAUAAUGCGGACGCUGGGUCCCUUUAUAAAGGAGGGGCAGAUGACUGUAACGGAUGUGACUGAAGUGGACGAAUUCGAGACGUGGUUCGGGCAGGUCCUAGUGGUGAACGACUGCGCCUACCGUUCUCUCUUCACCUCUCGAUGGGUCCUCUUUCUGGACUUGGACGAGUACCUCUACGUCUCACAGCCCCUCGGCUCUUCUCUCAUCACCGCGCUCGCGCACUACGAGUCCUACUCCCGAUGGGUGCUCUUCCUCGACUUGGAUGAGUAUCUUUACUUCUCGCAGCCCCUGAGGUCGUCCCUCAUCACCGCACUCGCUCGCUACGAGGUCAGUGUGCUUCCUAUCAACUCGCUCGCUCGCUCUUCACCUCCCGAUGGGUGCUCUUCCUGGGCUUGGACGAGUACCUCUAUGUCUCACAGCCCCUCGGCUCUUCCCUCAUCACCGCACUCACUCGCUAUGAGCGCCCUCUUCCAAGAGAAGAGUGCUCUGCCUGAAUCAUCAGCGGCUGCUCCUCGACUCCUCUCUUGUGCGGCCUCUCUUCUCCUCCCCAUUUCUCACUUUCUCCCUCCCUCCCAUACGCAGCAAGCUGCCUAUGUGUCAUUCGGCAGUCUCUAUUUCUACACCGACAAGUGCUCGCACUCCCUGAACGAAGCAGCCUAUGUGUCAUUCGGCAGUCUCUAUUUUUACACCGACAAGUGCUCGCACUCUAUGAACGUGGCAGGUACUGGUGUAACCAAAGCAACCCAUACCUCUUUUGCCCCCUUCCCCUCCCCCGUUCCCCUGUUCCCCACGCAGCAAGCGGCCUACGUGUCAUUUGGGAGUCUCUACUUUUACACGGACAAGUGCUCGCACUCCAUGAACGUCUCUGCCUCAUCGCCCCCCCGCUGGGAGGUGGAGAGGAUGAUUUUCCGCCAGGCCGACGUGCACUGUGUGGCGCCCAAGCGCUACGAGUCCCGCGACAUGUGCCUGGGGUUCGAUGGGCACAGGAAGUAUGUUGCCGACCCGAGGAAGGUCAAGCUAUUCGGGGUGAGUGGAAAAGGGCAGGGCAAUCUUUGGAACAUCUGUCUGUCUGGAAGGUAG